AAAACGCGACGACAACUAUUAUUCAACACAUACAGGACGACGUGCAAAAAGUCUGUUUUUAAUGCUUCUGUGUCGUUUUUCAACAUGUCUUUUUUGCGAUUAUAUGCCUCUGCCAGCAGGCAGGUAGUUUCCAGACCCGCAGCUGUGGACUCGCUCUUUACCGGGUGUUUGCGGAGAACCAGCGGAACCGUGAAGGACAGAGAGCCACUGAAGAAGGCCAAAACCCCACAGGGGCGCUUUGACAUCCCCGAAGAGAAGAGCAAAGAUGUUCUAGAAAAGUUCCCAGAUGAUGUGAACCCAACGACGAAGGAAAAAGGUGGUCCUCGAGGUCCAGAGCCCACUCGUUAUGGAGACUGGGAGAGGAAGGGCCGCUGUGUGGACUUUUAGUUCAGUUUAAUAUUUUUCCUCCUGGAUUAUGAAAAAUGAUGUUGAAUCUGUGGCACUGUGAACACACUGGUUUGUUUUUUUCAGCAGGUUGUUUCAGCUCAGUGAAAGAGACAAAAAGACACAAACAGGAUGAACACUGACAGCUGAGAUUCACAUUCUGAACAAAGUAAACUUCAUGUUUGGGUGAUUCCACUCAUUUCACCCUGAUGUUGGUGACUUAUGGCUCAAUGAUUCAAUCAGGUCGCCCUCUCCACCGACGGUGUAAAACAGGUGUGUCCAAAGUGCGGCCUGCUGGCCGUUUGCAGCCCUUGAAGUGAUUUUGUGCGGCCUGCGACUGCUAUAAGAAUGACGUAAAUCUGGUCUGUGGGCUUUAAUUUUAAGGAAUUAAAGCAAAUAGAUGGACACCUUUUGAAAGUUUUAAAAGUAACGUUUUAAAAUGUUAAAUUUAACCAGAAAAAAAUUAGUUGAUUUCAACAAACUUUUCACUUUGUCACUGCUUCUGACACAAUGUGAUGUUUAUUUUAUUUGUAUUAUUAUAAAUUAGAAGGUUUCUAUGCAGUCAUUGUUCAGAAGUAUGAAAUAUGGAUGUAGUAAUUUUCAUGUUUGGAUAAAUAURUAUGAAUGUUGGGGUUAGAAACUGUUGAAAUCAGAGGGGUAUUUACUGUAUUUUUUACACUGAAUGCAUUUAGUCCUUCUACAUCUGAUAUUACUGACUUCUGGAAAUUAAACUAAGAAAAACAUUUAA